AUGUCGUUUAAUUAUUCUACAAUUUUUGAUGAAGAUCUUUCUCCUGAUGAUCCAUUAUUUUGGAGUCUACCAACACCAGUCAAUUGUGAUUCAGUUCGUACUCUUGGUAUAUUCUUAUGUAUAGCUGCACUGGUUGGUAUUGUUUGUAAUGGAGCUUUGGUUUAUAGUUUUGCACGAUACAAAGCACUUCGUACACCAUCGAAUAUAUUUGUCAUGUUUAUUGCUGGAAUUGGUCUUUUUGCUUCCUGUACAAUUCUUCCAUUGACAGGUACAUCUUCAAUUUAUUGUCAAUGGUUAUAUCAACGUGCAGGUUGUCAAUUCAGUGCUAUUGUUGCAUUUUUAUAUGGAUGUGCAAGUUCUUAUUUACUCUGUGGAGUAAGUCUAAGUCGAUGUUAUAUGAUUGUUCGACCAUUUAAAGCUAAAGAUGUUACUGUGAAUAAAUGUAUUAUCAUCUCUAUUAUUUCAAUAUUGAUUGCUUUUAUUUGGACUAUGUUACCUUUAAUGGGAUGGAAUGAAUAUACGAUGGAUGGAGCUCGUACUUCUUGUUGUAUCAAUUGGUAUGAUCGACGUGCUUCUUACGUUUCAUAUCUUUUUUUUCUAUUCAUCGUUGUUUAUUGUAUUCCACUGAUUAUUCUUGUUAUUGCAAAUAGAAUAACUUUGGAAGGGCUUAAACGAAUGCAUAAAAAUAUUGAAAAUGGUAUUCAAACAGGACUUAAUCGAAAACGAAUUGAAAUGGAACGACGCAUUGUCAGAAGUAUAAUAAUUACAACUUGUGGUUUUAUUGUAACAUGGACACCCUAUGCUGUAACAUUUUUUGCUUCAGCAUUUCGAGGAAAAGAAUAUGCAUUACCACCAAUGGUUACUUUUUCUUGUGCUUGUAUUGCUAAAUCAUCUGUUAUAUGGAUUCCAAUGCUUUACAUCGGCACAUCAACUCAUUUUCAAUUACAAUUUGUCAAUCAAGAUGCACUAAAUGAAGGAAUACCAAACAAUCGCGGCAAUACAGUGUUACCUAAUAUACCCAGAUUAUCUCGAAAAAUUGAUGAUAUACCAAUGAAUCCCAUUCCUCACAAUACUGCUGACAAUUAA